ACGCCCGCACCUUAUCACUCUUGCCCAACUCUUCCUCACUGGUCAAGGGCCAUUGUUCGCUGGCGAAGAUGACAAUUGGCUACUCUUUCGCUAGCAGCUCUAUGCGCACGUCGCGAUGAUGGAUUUCUAGAUAGUAGUGCGAGCUACAUCUUUUGUCGGCUUCGUUUGUCUGGAGUUCAAGUAACUACAUGAAAUAUAACAUGUUGCUUCUUCCCUCGGCCACGGAGAUGAUACGAUUAGUGACUAAAUGCUGGCUUGACAAAUGGGUGUUUCCGCAGUUUGUGGUAAGACUGCUGCGGCCUGCUGCCAGUGUAGUUUGUGUUGCACAUAUUUCGUGGAGCCUCAUGUGCAUUGCUGCACGAUCAUAGUGGAACGGCUUAGCCGCCUGACAGUUCCAGUUCGCUCUUUCGAAGUUGUUCACCGAUGCUGCAAAGAAGUGCUCAAGCUGCGCCAUAUGUUCGGAUUCCAUUGCCAGUGACUGUUCCAAAGAGCAGAUGAUAGAUAUUAAAUCAUCUGACUCUGUCCACCAGUGCCAUAUGUGUGAUCUCAAGUGACCGCCAUACAGUUUCGAGCUUGAUAUCUCUCCAUGUUGGACACACGGUAGUGCUACGGAACUACAACGAGAUAUUUCUGUCUUUGCAUUGGCCAUAUAUGCCACUUACUGGCGUAAAUGGUGGGCCUAUCAGUCUUAAUGACGAACAUACACCCUGGCUUUGGGAUAAGACUUCCUCCGAAGGACAUGACUCCUCCUGCUAGUAUCUGGAUCGGAUCUGGAUCGACGUCAAUACUCUUAAUUUAUAACCCUCAUAUUGAACGCGAAGCUUAUAAGAGGCAUCUUUCUUGACCGUUUUGCGGGAGUGAUAAGCUCUCUCUCCAUUGAAACUAUCACAACACGCCGUCCGAACAUGUCAGCAACUGACUCAAAACCCACCACCGAUUCCAAACGUGUGGUCGUGAUCGGCGCAGGUGUUAUCGGUCUCACAACCGCGCUGAAGAUCCAGGAGAAAGGUGGUUAUGCCGUGACUAUCGUCGCGGAAACAUUCCCAAGUGACCCGAAAUCUAUCAAAUACACAAGUAUUUGGGCUGGUGCACACCAUGUCAGCCAUGCUGAGGGCGAACCAAGGCAACAGAAGAUCGAUCAAGAAACCUUCGACGUGAUGUGGGCUCUUUCUGCUCCCGGAGGGGAUGCGGAAGGAUGUUUCCUUCGUAUCCCACAAUAUGACUACUAUUUUGAUGGUCGAGAUACCCAUCUCGACUGGAUGCCCGACUUCAAGAAACUCUCUCAGGAUUCACUCAUUCCCAAUGCCGUCACUGGCGCGUCAUUCACAACACUGACGAUUGACACCCCAGCCUACCUAAACUACCUCUUGUCUCGUUUCCUUUCCCGAGGUGGCCAAAUCGUUCGUGCCCCAAUCCAACAUAUCAACCAAAUUAUCGAAGGCGGUCCCAAUGUCUUUUCUCCUUCUUGGGCCGGCAAGACUCAAGUAGACGCGUUGGUGGUCUGCCCAGGACUGGGUGCACGUACUCUUGGUGGAGUCGAAGAUAAGGAUGUAUACCCUGUGAGAGGCCAGGUUGUGAUUUUGAGAGCACCUUGGGUCAGAUUUGGGAGGACUACAAGCCAUUUAGAACAAGGAUUGUGGACGUAUGUCAUUCCCAGACGAUCUGGCGAUGUUAUCGUUGGUGGCACGAAGCUGGUAAACGAUUGGUAUCCAGUCGCUCGUCCCGAGACCACACGAGAUAUUCUCGAACGUAAUCUCGCCCUCUGCCCCGAACUUGCUCCUCCAGAGGUCCGCGCCAAGCGCACCCCAACGGUAGAUGACCUUUAUCCAAUCAUCCUAGAAGAGGGAUGCGGAUUCAGACCUGCGCGCAAAGGCGGUAUCCGUCUUGACGUAGAAUGGGCUCAAAGUCCCAGGGGCUCUAAGAUUCCGGUGGUAUUCAACUACGGGCAUGCCGGUGCAGGUUACCAGGCUUCCUGGGGCAGCGCCUCCAUAGCUUUUGAGCUUCUCGAGAAGGCUCUGCAGCAGGGCCAUGCGUGAAAAGAGGCAUCACGAUAGCCCUCCAGUCUGUAUCCAACGUCCAAUUAUUUGUUUAACAAGUCUAAUCAAUGUCUAACAAAACAAUUUUGUAUUGCACGAGCUCUAUUGAACUUCCUUUGCCGCCCACC